AUGAACACGCGAGAAGUUGCCUAUCGCAUCAUUACCGAAUUAGAAGCUCGACGUUUGAUUCGUGAAGAAGAUGAUCCUAUCACCGCAGAAAAGAAGAACAAGAUAAAAGAGUUUUACGCGAAUAAAGACAAUCCGACAGAUGCAGAGAUAGAAGCAUUUUCCGACGAACACGACAUUUUAUUCGGAACAGUGAGUUUGAAUUAACGAAAUAAGGAAAUUACGGUUAAAACUAUUCUUUUUUUCAGAUCAAGGCUUUCAUCAUCAUGAUGAGGACAGUUCAACGCAAAUUCGAUCGUCCGAACUUUUCUACGUAUGUCAUGCACUCGCGCAGAGAACAAGAAGCACACACAAGAGAGCAAGAGCGUCGCGCCGAGGUACGCUUUCCUUUAAUUGUCUUGAUACAAACGCGUUUUCUUCAGUUGGCGCGAAGUAAGAGUUCCGAGUCAACUGAUGAUGAUCGGCCACCGACUUUGUUUCCUGAAGUUUCAACAUCCGAGCAGGCUCCAACAGCUCCGCUCCAACAAGACUGUGUUGAUCAAGGCAGAGCGCGCAAUCACACUGAGGAAACACAGCAAGUUCAACAGAAGGUUGACGAUGAAGACGAGUUCAUCGACGUUGAUGAUACUGGCCCGUACUUCCAACACGGAAACAUUCAACCAGCUGUUCAAGAGACAAACUCGGACGACGAGCUUCCUCCACAACUUGAAGAAAUUCAAGCAAAUCCAGCCGAGGAAAUUCAACCUGCAGUUCCGAGUGUAAUUGGCACUACCGACUUGGCUAAAAUUCAACAUGUGGAUGCCGCGCCGCAACAAAACGCUGAAUGUGUUGAUACCGAAGAGGAUAUUUUUCUCCAUGCUCCGAUCUUUGUGAAGCGGCAGUCGCGCAAGCGUAAUAAUGCAAAAAAGAUUAUGAACUCGGAAGAAUUGGAGAUAAAGACGGAGCCAAUGUCGCCAAGUGAAACACCCGCUCCAUCGCCUGGUUCUGGUGUAAACGUUCGUCGUGGUAGAGGAAGACUGGCGAAACUUAUCAAGACUGAAGAAGUGAAGACCGAACCAAUCGACGCGGACGAGCAUCUUUACGGCGCUCCAGAUACUAAGCCGAUCAGCACCCGUCGUCAGGAGCCGUCGAAAAAUCCUGGAGUGCCAUGUGUGCUAACGGCGCCACCAUUUUUCACGCCAGUGUUUCGACCGGCGGGAUUCUUGAACACCGCAUCGGAGGAUUAUUGUCAAGGGAGCGCACGUCCGGAGUUGGUUCAGUUCUGUACCGAUCCAGUACAUCCGAAGUUUGCUUUGAUGCUUCCAUUCGCUGCUAAGACCUAUAUCCGAUACUACGUGAGCAAGCCAAGACAGGUGAAUGGGCCUUCGGUAAGUAUAUUUAUAUCUAGCACAGCAAGCACAAUGUUUGUUUUCAGCUCCCUCCGGACGUGGCUGUCUUGAUUCCGAAAGGUGCCUCUAAGGAUUGUCGCAAGUGGACCGUAAGUCACUAAACUUAAUAUGACUUCAAUCGGACAGUUUGUAGGUCGAGCACACCAUCCAGUGGGCGGCGACGUUCUUCGUUGGGAACGGAGCCGUUGAGGCUAUGCAUACCCUCCGCGAGCACAAUUUCUGCGGCGAGGACGUCUACAAACUCCGCAAACUCAAGUCGCGAACCAAGUACCGGAAGAAUUUGAACUUGAACUACAACAUUUGGGACCUACUUGUCCUCCGCGCCCGUCAACUUGAGCAACUCUAA